AUGAGUAAAUUUUUUAGUGGUCUCUUCAAUUCGUUUAUAAAGCAUCAGACUCCAAUCGAAAAAGCUUUUAAGAAUACUUGCUUCCUCAAAGAAAAUUUUGAUGAAAUUGAUUAUGAUGAUUUAUUAAAGGUUCUUUCGUUCUUAAAUGGUAAAACUGAAGUAAAACAAUAAGAAGCUAUCCAUUUAUUUUUUUAGUAUUUUAAGGAUAACUAAGAUUUGUCAUUGUAGCGCAGACUAAAAUUCUUAGCACUGAUUCAUAAAAGCAUAAAAAAAAUAGGUUUCGAUUUUGCAGAAGAGUUUCUUUCAAUCAAGCCAAAUUGUUUGAGAGAAAAGACUAACCUUUCUCAACUCUCAUAGAAGCAAGCUAAAUAAAAACAAAUGGUAUUCCAUUAUAUGGAUAUUGAGAGUUGGUUAGAGGAGUAUUUAAUAAAGCAUUACUACGAUUAUUUGAUGAGGAUGUCCUUAAAUUUAGAAACUUACAAAACCUGCAUGCAAGGGUGUGAGAAAGACACAAAUCCUAAUAACCACUCAAGUUAGAAUGGUGACAUGUAGCAGUAUUUUAAUUAAUAAUAGUAAUAGUAACAGAAUUAGUCUAAAAAUGGAAAUAACUAGAUGAAUAAUACAUUAAAAAUAAUCAUUCUUUUCAAAGUAAACAAUCUUGUUAAUUUCCUGAUAAAGCUUUAAAAGCAAUUUUACAUAAUAUUUACUGAAUUCAAAUUUAUUUCAAUCGCGAAAGAUAUUGCCUACAUGGUUUUAAAGGAUUGCAUUAUUUAUUACAAUUAUAUGCAUAAAUAAAUUAUGCAAAUGGUUAAUAACUACGAGUCCAUGCUUGAGCAAGACUAGAUGUAGUUCUAUGAGCUCUUUAUUGAGCUAAUAAAGCUUAAUUCUGCCCUUCAUGACUUUGGAAAACUGAGAAAAUUUUUUGAUGAGGAGGACUCUAUCGAAUAACCUCUUACGUUAAAUAUCACAAAAGAAAGAGCUCGUUAAAUUGAUAGAAAUCACCGCAAAAUUGUACUUAGGAACGAAGAAAUACAAAGAGAUAGAAAAUUAAAAUUACAAAAAAUGUAAAGUGCAGAUAAUGGUUAAGGCGGGCAUUAAAGAACAUUCUCAACUUCAUCAUAUGGAAAGCGUCUUGGUGUAUUCCCUAAAGGUAGCAUGACUUCGCGCUGCAUGAGUUGGAAACCUAAUGAAUAAAUUUGUGAAGUAACUAAUGAUGACGAAGAUGAUGAAGCAUUUAAGUCUAAAUUCAAAAUUAACCCUAAAAAAGGUUUACACUCUCAUCAGCCAAGCUUAAUUAACGGAGUUUCAGAGUUAAGGGUACCAAAUUUACACCUAGAGCACAUGUAUGGAAACUAAAGUGAAUAUAUUGAUUAUUCUAAUGGCUACAAUACUGAUAGAAUUAUGUAUAGAGGACAAAAAGAUACUGUCGAUGAAGAUAAAAGUGAAAGUACUAAAGAAACAAAGAAGGAUGAUACCUUUAAUAACAAAAAUGACAUGAAAGAAUGA